UUUGCGGGUUGUAAGUUGUGAUUUGUCUAGUUAGUGAUAACCAAAAUGACAUCAACAUUUUAAAUUACCCAGCAGCCGAAAUAAUGCCAUCCCGGGAACCGCACUGAUCAAAUAUUGCAAUAAUAGCGACCAGAUUAAUCUAGUAGCUAUGAUAUUCUUAACGCUUCUAACGUGGCUGGCAAUAUUUUGCCAGAUAUGCUUCAUAACAAUAUCACUUGCUGCUGGCUUAUACUAUUUGGCAGAACUUGUUGAAGAAUAUUCAGUUUACAGUAAGAAAAUUAUCACAUGGAUAGCCAUGGGAACAUUGGGUACUUACCUCCUUUUAUGGUUGUUUGAAGGAUUUGGCAAUACAUUAUGUUUUUGUGGCAUGUUAAGUCAACUCAACCACCUAGCAAUACUUCAAAGUUACCCAUACGUGACAUUCACGUCGCCGACUUUUCUAUUAGGCAUAUUAUUUAUUAUAGCAAACCAUUAUAUAGCAUUUCAGUUCUUUGCAGAGGUGUACUUUUCAUUUUCUGAAGUAAUGGCUUAUUUUACCAUGUGUCUGUGGAUUGUACCGUUCGCACUAUUUGUUUCCCUCUCUGCCAAUGAAUACGUAUUACCAACGACAACAGAAACUAGAGAUGGAGAUGUUGUCACUAAUUACUUCUCAAAGAAGGGAAAGAAGUACGGGUUGCUAACGCUCUUUGACUACGCGAAGACAUCCAUUUUGCCGACGCAACGUAAAAAAGGUUUUUAGUCAGCAAAUUUUAAAUUACUGUAAUAAUCAGGUAGCUACAUACUUAUCACAAUCUUUGUACUUUAAUUUUAAUUAAGUAUAUGUCGAUUUUUGUUUUUGAUACCAAACCAAUGAUCUGUGUAUGUGCGAGAAUAAAGAUGGACUGUGUUAUGAAAAUAAA